GCGCGAGGCGGAGUUUGGGUCCGGGUCUGACUGCGGCAGCGCGCGCACACAUUCCUCUCCCUCGCGGCUUUUACUCGGGUUGGCGAACCUCUAAACGCCACCGAGGCGUGAGGAAGUGAAGAACUGCACGGUAAAAAUGUAACGGAACACUCCGCUAAAUGUAACCGUUCCCACCGAGAAGAGAAACAUGGAGUCUGUGGUCAACAACACCGAGAAGAAGAAGAAGAAGAAGUUGUGGCUCCCCUUUCUGCUUUGGUGGUCGCUCCUGGUCGACCUGGCUUCAGGAGCUUCCUUCUAUGGGGAUGGCUUUGUACAGCUCAAGGCAACGGAGUCGUCCGACCAUAAUGUGCUCCGCAUCCGCUUCCGAACCUCCAGCGUGAGCAGCCUGAUGUUUCUCGCUGCUGGCCAGUCCAACUACCUCCUACUAGUGCUUCAUGCUGGUCGCCUGCAGGUUAAAAUGGACCUCGGAUCAGGGGAGCAGGUGUUAGAAUCAGAGAAAGGCAUCCAGCUCAACGAUCUGGCUUGGCAUUCUGUGGAGGUUCGCCAUGUGCAGCUCAAUUUCUCUCUCACUGUCGAUAAAAGCUCACACACAAGUAUGAAGAUGCCAGGUCCUCAUCGCAAACUCAACGUCAUAGAUGGACUGUUUAUCGGAGGCUCGGGGGGCCUUGACAGACUUUAUCUGCCUAGAGGCCUGACUGGCUUCCGAGGCUGCAUGGAAGAGGUGUUCUUCAAUCAACAUGACUUGCUGUCGUCACUGAGGCCAUACAACGGACUGAAAAACAUCCAUGAAGUGCAUUUAGGUUGCAGUCCUCAGUUUUUUGCCACUGAGGAAGACCCCAUCAGCUUCUUCAGCUCCAAAGCUUACCUUUCUUAUCCAACUUGGAAAGCACAACAAACGGCUAUAUUUGAAUGCAUUGUCCACACCUCAGCUAAAGAGGGAAUUAUCCUCUACAAUGCAGCCAGAGAGGGAGAUUUUGUGGCUCUUGAGAUUCAAGAAGGUUUGCCGGUAGCUAUUGUUGUAAAAGGUAAUUCCAAAACUGAACUGCGUUCACUCACGACUAUCAAUGACAGGAAAUGGCACGCGAUCAAACUGCACUUCAGUCCCAAGAGCCUUGAGCUAACUGUUGAUGGUGAGAUGGUGAAAAGCAGCAUUAGCUCUCGUUCGAAGGGUCUUCAGCUUAAAGGCCACAUUUUUGUGGGUGGUAUCGACGACAGCACUAGAUUGGAAGCCAGAAAGGGGGGUCUCCUCUCUGUGUCAGGAAAGCGUGUAAGAGGAGGUUCUUUCAAAGGAUGUUUUAAGAACAUUCAAGUAAACAAAGUUAAAAUGGGUCUCUCUAACGCUGUGGUCACAAAAGAUAUCUCAGUCGGUUGUGAGCCGGAAAAAACACCAGAGCCAUCCACUCCUCUGAGUCCUACAAGUAACCCAGGAUCCCUUUUUCAGCUAGUAACACCAACACCAUACCUCCAUAUGUCCACUUUUGCAGCUGGGUUGGAUAGAAGGUAUGGGUCCAAUUUUGUUCAGCUAAAAAACCUUGUUGUCCAGGAAGGAGGUCGAGCAUCUCUUGAGGCCAAACACAUCAAAGUCUUCUUGGAUUUCAAAAUGCUCGGCAUUCGACAGUCUCAAAUCAUGUUCCGCAUUCAAGAGCAGCCAGUUAGAGGUCAAAUAAGGCUCGAUGUUGAUCAAGAACAAGAGGAGAACACAUUCAGCAUGCUGGACCUUUGGCAUGAGAGAGUGAUGUAUGUCCAUGGAGGCUCUGAGGAGGCUGAUGACUUCUUCUUGUUUUCAGUUUUCAGUAGUAGUCGAAAGCAACCCCCUGAUUAUCUGAAAGGCAACAAAGUGUACCGCUACAAUAUCACUGUGACACCCACCAAUGAUGCACCCGAACUGAGUCUUCCUGAAGGCAACCUAUUUGUCCUGUUGGAGAACUCGAAGAAACACCUCACAUCCGACAUUCUAAAAGCGACAGACAUAGACAGUAACUACAGCGACCUCGUCUUCUCCGUGUUGGGCAAUAUGAAUGCAGAUGCAGGAUAUUUGGAAGUAGAGAGCAACCCUGGCCAGGCAGUGACCACAUUCUCAUAUGUAGAUCUGGAUGAAAUGAGGGUGUACUACGUCCACACAGGGGUGAGAAACUCCAGGAUAGUUCUCAGAGUUAGUGAUGGGGAAAAGGUCAGCAACACGGUGGUUUUAAGGAUCAUGGCCGUGCCACUAGAGUAUAAGAUUGCUAACAAUACCGGGCUUGAGAUUGCUCAAGGAGAGAUGGCUAUAAUUGGUUCAAAGCAUUUGGCUGUGCAAACUAAUGCUGUCAAACAAGUUGUAGAAGUUCGGUACGAUAUCAUUGAGCCACCGGAGUUUGGGGAACUCCAGAGACUUCACUCAAGUGGUGAAUGGAGGCACACUGAAUCAUUUUCACAGAGGCUUCUUGAAAAAGAGCGCCUAAGAUAUGUUAGCACCUUUCAAGACAUCCAAACCUCUAAUGUUACAGACUACUUUAAGUGCAAAGUCACUGUGGCCGCAAGGACAACUACUGAAAUAAUUUUCCCAAUCACUGUUAAAUGGGUGAAGUACCACCUGGCAAGGAAUAUUAUGAUGGACCUUGAUAAAGUAAGAAAAGCAACUUUGAGCUCAGAUUAUCUUCUUGCCAAUGCUGAAGGCGUAGCUCUCUCAGAGGGGGACCUUUAUUUUCGGGUCCUCACCAUACCAAAGAAAGGGAGGCUCCUUCUUGACAGCACAGUGUUGACAAAAAACUCAACCUUUAGCCAGAGAGAUCUCACAGAUCAAAAAGUACAUUAUGAGCUGGUUGACAGACCUUAUGAGGACACAAUGGACAGGUUCAAAUUUCAGCUGGUUUCCAAGCAUGCUCAGUCUGAACACUUUGAUUUCCAGUUUUCCAUCAAAGCUGAUGUCAAUAGUGUGUUCAUGAGAAACGAAGGACUCUCCCUUCAGGAGGGAGAGAGUAAACUCAUCACAAAAAAUGAGUUAUUUGCAGAGACUCUUAGUACAAAAGAAAUGUUUUACACAGUCAUACGCAGCCCAAAAUAUGGGAAGCUAGCCCGCAUUAGUCAGUCAAACUCCAGUGCUAGCUAUGACAACAUCUUAUCCUUUAGUAAUAAGGAUAUAUUGGAGGAACGGUUAUUGUACAUCCACGAUGACAGUGAAACAACUCAAGAUGGUUUUACUUUUAUAGCUUCGACCAGCCAAGGGUUCAAGUCAUCCAUUGAAGAGGAUGACGUAAGCUCCAAAGAGGGAGUGUUCAACAUUUCUAUCCAGCUACUCAAUGACCAAAAACCCAUUCGAAUCAUAGAUAAGGUUUUCCAUGUAGUGAAUGAUGGACAGAAAUUACUCACAGUCGAAGAUUUGAGAUAUCACGAUGCCGACUCUGACUUCGAUGACGGCCAGCUCCUUUACACUCGGCAUGGAAUACUGAUGGGAGACCUUGUGCUGGCCAAUGACACCUCUUACCGGCUGUUUCAGUUUCAGCAGAAGGAUUUGGAGGAGAAACGCGUGUUGUUCAUUCACAAAGGUGUUAACUCUGGGAGGUUUGUGCUGUUUGUCUCAGACGGAAAACAUUUUGUGUCAAGCCUGUUAGACAUCAGUGCACAAGACCCUUUCCUGAGGGUGGCCAAUAACACCGGCUUGUUGGUUCAGAAGGGACAAUCUGUCAACUUUUUCACCAGCAAUUUCAGCAUUGUAUCAAAUUUGGACAUCAGAGAUGAAGAGGAGGUCAUUUUCAAGUUGAGUGAGGCUCCCAAGUAUGGAGGUCUAUAUCAUGAUGGAGCACAGGUGGAGACAUUCACUCUCGCCAACCUAAAGGAUGGACUAAUCUCAUACAGGCACGGUGACAGUAAACAUCUGGCAGACUCUUUUAAUUUGACAGUAAAAUCUCAAGGUUUUCAACUGACUGAGAAAGUCAACGUGAAGGUUUACCUGGAAAGCCAUCAGAGGCCGCCCAUCGUGCAGAAUAAAGACACUUUACUGGUGGAGGAGGGUAAACCGGUAAAGAUUGAUGAAAACAGGCUAGAGGUCACCCACGAGGACAACCUGCCAUCAGAGAUUGUGUUUACAGUCAAGGUUGCCCCCUCUCAUGGCUUUCUCCGGCAAUUCUUUGAAGCAGAGAAGCGCUACAUCGGAACAGAGCAGUCCCCCGUCAAGACGUUUACUCAAGAUGACAUCAACAGAGGGAACAUCCAGUAUAUGCAGGUGGAGCCAAACAAAGUCAACGACACCUUUUUUCUCGACGCCACCAACGGGAUCACCGAUAUUAGCGACAUUAGGAUGUCUGUGGACAUCAUCCCACUGCUCAUCCCUCUUCAGGUUUCUAAUUUCUCUCUAGAUGAGGGCGCUUCCAAAGCACUGUCACAGGAUGUUCUCAAAGUCACCAACCAACACUUUUCUGGAAUCAACUUCUUUUAUAAUUUGACUGAAGUUCCGCAGCAUGGUCAUGUGGAACACUCCCGACAUCCUGGUGUGCCCAUAACUACUUUCACCAGGAGACAGGUGGAGCAUGAAUUCAUUUACUACGUCCAUGACGGCAGUGAAACCCUUGCUGACAAUUUCACUGUGGUGGCCAACGACACGGGCCUGAGGAAGCAGAGUGCCGCCCAGACAGUGUACAUAGAAGUUGCAGCUGUCAACGACGAGGGUCCUGUUAUUACCUCAAACCGGGUGCUCAGGGUUUGGGUGUCUUCAGUUACAGAAAUCAGGCAGCAAGAUCUCAGAGCACAGGACCUGGACACCCCCCCAGAUGAGCUCCACUUCAUGGCGACCCCCCCCAGUAAUGGACACCUGGCCCUGAAGAGUGCUCCCAUGAAGGCAGUGCUCAACUUCACCCAGGCCCACAUAGACAAGGGUCACCUGCUGUUUGUGCACAAAGGUGCCAUGUCUGGUGGAUUCAACUUCCAAGUCAAUGAUGGAGUGAACUUCACCCCCAGGCAGAUCUUCAGCAUUACAGCCAAAGCUUUAGUUCUCAGUUUGGAGAAAAACCGACCGCUCAAAGUGUUUCCAGGCUCCUCUAGAGCUAUCACCAACGAGCACUUGCAAGCAGUGACCAAUGACAUGAGUAACACCUCAAAACGCAUCAUCACAUUCAAUGUGAUCCAGCAUCCGAAGUUGGGGCGUUUUGUGACCCGGCAGCCUGACAAUUCAACGUUGGACGUCUCCACUUUCACACAAGAAAUGGUGGACAGAAAAGAGGUUGUGUAUAUUCAAACCUCCAUCGAGUCUGUGGGCUGGGAAGCCAUGGACUCCAUUGCCUUCUCUGUAGCAUCUCCACCUGCUUCUUUGGACAGUCAGAUCUUCAGGAUAGACAUCUCCUAUGAGAAUACAGGACCUGAGCACAGCACAGUCCUCCUCGCAAACACAGGUGCUGAGGUGACCGAAGGGGAGAGCGUCGUCAUUGACAAGUCAAAGCUGGAUGCCUCCAACCUGAUGUCCAAGCUGCCGACUCCCCAGCGGAGCUCCCAUGAGGUCUGGUUUCAGGUGACAUCUCUGCCUCAGCACGGUGUCAUCGUGGUGGGGGAGAGAAACCUCACCAAGGAGAAACCCAACUUCUCCCAGUUCAUUCUGAACAAAUAUGGCAUCACCUACAAGCACGACCACUCAGAGACCACUAGUGAUGAGUUUGUGUUCAGUGCAUGGCUAAAUCCUAAAGGCAGAACUGCACAGCACCCUCAAGAUGAAGGAGAUUUUGUUGUGGAGCAUUUUAAGAUUACGGUCUUGCCUGUUAAUGAUCAGCCCCCUCUGCUGAAAACCAAAGCACCUAGUCUGAAGGUGGUGCAAGGAGACAGAGUUGUCCUCGGGCCUGAACACCUCAGAGUAGAAGACUUAGACGAUCCUCCAGAGGAUAUUCAAUUCUCUGUGAUUAGUAAGCCAAGCAAUGGUUACCUAGCUCUUUAUGGAAGUUUGAAUGAGUCUGUACUGGCUUUCACUCAAGCGCAAAUCAACAACAGGAGCCUCUACUUUGUCCAUGAUGGAAGCACAGUUUCAGGGGUGUUUUACUUCAGUGUCACUGAUGGACACCAUAAACCAAUAUAUAAACUCUUUAACCUAGAAGUGACAGAAAUCACCAUUUAUCUGGUCAAUUACACUGGAUUGUCACUGCAGCAGGGCAAGACCACAGUACCUCUGACCAAUAAUAACCUUUCUGCUGGGACCAAUGGGAAGAAUGUCACCCUGCACUACCAGAUCACAAAGCCGCCCAGUUUUGGAAAACUUCUAAAAGACGAACGAGAAAUUACAGAAUUCAAACAGGAGGAUUUACAGGCUGAAAGUCUGUUCUACCACAUGACUUCCCUUUCCUCCUGGGAGGACAGCUUUGAGUUUACUGCUUUCACGUCAGAAGCUAAUCUGACCAACCAAGUGCUUAACAUAACUGUCAGACCUUUGAUCCAGCUUGGCAAAGGUUUGAGGGUUCCCAACGGGAUUACCGUCAAACUCAGCUCAGACUUUUUUGAUGUCUCUGAACUGGCUAACAUAAGCGACAGUGAUCCUGCCUUCCAAAUUAUAUCCCAUCCUAAGUAUGGGAAGGUGGUAAAGACAAAACCCAAAACGUCCAGGAGAGCCUUACCCGCGGAAUCCUUCACCUUUGAGGACAUUUUGCAGGAGGAGGUAGCUCUAGAGCUGAGUGCCAACAUGACUGGCGUGCAGGAGCUAAAUGACUCACUGGUAUUUGUACUUAGAGCAGACAACAUCCAACCUGCGCAAGGGGAGUUCCACUUUACAGUCAUCCCCUAUGAUCCAUCACUUUUUCCAACCACAAAGAGUCCAUCCCUAGCCACUUCACCGGUUCCUCACACCCCAGGCAAGACUUCCAGAAAUGGGACUGCUUCUCCCGUCCUGUCCACAGUCCUCUUUUCCACACAGCAACCGAGCAAAAACCAGCAAAAAUUCAAAGGACGCAACCGCUGGGGGAACUCAAACAGAACCAGCCUCUUCAGUACAACUCUUGCCAAACCAUCUCAAACUGAGGAGUUCCCCUUUAGUAACACACCAGUGCGCGUGGAGUCUUACCCUCAAAAAACCUCCAAUCCGCUCCUGGUAAUCUUACCACUGCUCGCCCUACUCCUGCUAAUAAUCAUCUUUGUGGUCCUUGUUGUCUUUCUCCGGCACCACAGGCAAAGGAAGCAGAGCGCCACGGCUCCGCAGGAGCCUCCUUCCCCUGCUCCUGCAGACAGUCAGUCUUACAAUGGACAGACCCAGAGGAGCACAACAGUUCCCACAGUAACUGUCACUCCUUUGAACCCCUCCUGUCCCGGUAGCCCUGCUUUUGAUCGCAUGUUUACGCCUAACCGAGGCUCACCUUACAACACAGUCGACUCUGAUUUACUCGUGAGUUCUUGGAGUAAUGGAUCCCCUGUAGUUUCUUCCCAAAUUCUUAGAACUCCCAAUCCCACUCUGCAGAAGAAUCAGUACUGGGUGUGAUCCCCUAAAAAAGAAUACUUUCGAGAAUAUUCUGGAGAAUAUCGUCCACUCUGAGUGAAAACAAAAUCUUGCAGAUUUUUGGCAUCUUUUGUUACACCUAGUUCUGUGUGGUUCAGUUUCAUCACUGUCGUGCUUCAUAUUUUGAUGUCUGCAGACAGUUUAGCACAUCAGCAAACAGGCAGCUGCUGCCUUUGUAACCAUCACUGCCACUCACUUAGACAAGCCCCACACCUAUGGGGGAACAGGGAGCUAACAGCAUUUCUAGCAGAGCAGGAACCUGUCAGAAGAACCACAGACUGUUUUAAGGUUUUGGAGACGGUCUUAUGCGUCCAUCACAUAGGUUUGUGAGUUAAAAGCUGUUGCAGAAAGUUCCAAUGCAAGUCCAGUUGCUCCUGCAUCAGAAAGACAGUAAAAAAGACAACACAGCUGAGGAACAAAGAGAAAUAUUUUGUCUAAUACUAAGCUAGAGAACUGUAAUCUAGCACAUAUGUUGCUAAUUGAAAGGGAAAUACUACUGUGUUUCAACACUGCUUGUUUUAAGGUUCAUCCUCAUCAGGUUGACGCAAUUACACACACUAUUUUAAGCCUUGAGGAAAAAGUAAAUAGUUAUCCAUAAAAGUUUUAUUCUUUCAGUUGGAAGUCCACCUAAAUACCAGUGAAAGAUCCCAAACUAAUCCCUGCUGCAUGUUUAGUUGGAAGGGCAGGCUUUACUCACUGAAGAGUUUCCAAAGCAGCCAUCAGUGCAGAAGGUGUGUGAUGCGUCACCGACAUUGAGCUGUCCUCAUGCAUGUUGAAGUUUCCGGGUCGAAGACGAUGCAGAUACAGCUAAAACUGUGAAUUGCCCAGACUAACACUGACACAGAGGUUUAUUAGUUGAGCGUUUGACUUGAUUGUGCAGAUUUUCUAUUGUUUGUUUGUAUUAAAUAUAUAUACACGCAUACUAAAGUAUAUUUACUUUUGUAAACUCAGGUAAUCUAUUAACACUAGCUUUAUGUUGCCUCUACUAAAGGCAGCAUGUCCCAUAAGUAAUCACAGCUGUCUAACACACGCCUCCCAGCGGGGCUAUUUAAAAAAUGGUAGAUUCAUACCUCGAAAAGACCUACAGUGUUUUUUUUUUGUGUUUUUUUUUAAAUUUUUGUUGUGGCCUCGACUGAAAUCAUUUCAGCAUGAUAAUGAUAUUUUUAUUUCAGUUUCUGGAUGUCAAGGAAUCGUUUUGUCACAGAUUUGAAAUAAUCCGCAGAUCAAUGUACAGUUCCCAAAUUUUUCAUUUGGUAACUGCAUUCAAAUUGAAUCAUGACGAUCUGCGGCAUGGCUUUCUAAUGGGGGGGGUUACACUGUUUGUGUGUCAACAGAGUACUUUUUAAGAUUUGUCGAACCACUGAAAGAGUCUGUUUGAGCCAAAUGUGGAGAAGCUCUCCUUAACACAAAUGCAGUAAUUUAUGUCAUUUAUCGGAGGACCUGUGGAGGAGGGUUUUGGUGGACUGUAGGUGGACUGCGCUGUAAAUGAGCAGCUGUGGGAGAUGAGUUUGCUACUGCAGAAAAGUUCUGAGAUCAUUUGGUACUGAAGAGAGUCGUCUAUCCUGUGAAUUCUUGUUCUCAUCUGAAUGGUGUACCUUAAUAUGUAACAGAAGUGUCAACUUUAUUUAUACCAUAUUUUUAAUAAACCACUUUGAAUCGUU